ACCUGUUGCAUGUGAAGUCAACUGCGCUGACUGGCGAAGCGACUAUGACUGGUUCUAUUGGUAAAAGUGUCAAAUAAUAUCUCGUAAAAAUGGACAGUAAGACACAGACAAAGAAAAAAGCCACGAAUACCUCCAGUGGGGGAGAUUUAUUAAAGAAAACUGGCAAGAAACGGCGAAAAAGUAAGCAAAAGACGAAACCACACGACGACCUGGCGUUAAAGAAAAGUUCAUCGAAAUCGACGAGUCCUCAUUCGGAUAGUCCCUGUGAAACAGCCGGGAAAAGAUCUAAGGACUUAGCUCCUCUAAUAAGUGGUCAGGGUAUCGCUUUAGGAGCUCGGAAUACAAACAAGCCAACAUCACCUAAAUCAAAAGUACCUGAUGGACGCAUCAGCAGUAGUAGCAGUAUUGAGAAUAAAUGUCCAGCCAAUGCUUCUGCAGUGGAGCUACCAGAGGAACCAAUAACUUCAAAGACAAACGACGAAAGUGUUAAUGACAAUAUCAACUACAUUUCAAAAAAUGCACUGCAAGAGUCGCCUUCAAAUAACAGUAUUGAAGGAGGAAUAAAAAAUAUGAACUUGGUUACAAAUGAAACUCUGCGUUGGGAUGUGAUACCAGAUGAUCCAGAAAUGGAGAAGGAACGUAUACGUGUGUAUAAAUUUAACAGGAGGAAAAGAUACUUAGAUGCAGCAAUCAAGGAACGAGGUCUUUCAGGACAUUUCACUGAAAAUGACUUGUAUGAUGAUGGAACCGCAUCACCCAGGUAGUACUGAA